GCAUUGAAGGCAUGCAUUUACAGUAGCUAGCUAGGAACUUGUUUCGCCGUAUAAAAGCUAUACUAACAUUACAUUUCUUUGUAACCUGUUGAUAGCGGCAAUGAACAGUGAAGGUAUCAAGGCGAUAUUGCUCGACUUGGAUAACACGCUCAUUGACACAGCGGGUGCCGGUGGAGUGGCCAUUCAAAAAGUCACAGAGCUCUUGAAGACAACAUUAGACCAUGAACACACCAUUGCCAUUUGUGACAGAUUUAAGCACAAGCUCCAUCACGAGAAUUUUGACCCAGCUGGUGGUAGGACAAUAGAUGAGGUGCGGAUCAGCCACUGGGAGGAGAGCAUCCAGGAGGUUAUGGGUGGGAGUCCCAGCUCUAACCCCACCCUUGCCAGUGAGUGCUACUACCAAUGGAAGAACACUCGCCUGGAGCUUCUAACCAUAACACCUCCAGUACUUACCCUGCUGAAGCAGCUGAGGACCAGCCACAAACUGCUGCUGCUGACCAAUGGAGAGACCCAGACACAGAGGGAGAAGGUAGUGGCGUUGGGAUGUCAGGGGCUGUUUGAUGCUGUGGUGGUGGGGGGAGAGCAUGCAGAAGAGAAGCCAGCCCGCUCCAUCUUCACCCAUUGCUUUGGCCUGCUCGCGGUGCAGGCUCACGACUGUGUUAUGGUGGGAGACUCCCUGGACACAGACAUUGUCGGGGGGUUUAAUGCAGGGGUUAGAGCCACAGUGUGGAUUAAUAACGGAGGGGUGUGUCCACCUGAGGGAUCUGUCAAUCCAGACUACACCAUUCCCUCUGUGCUGGAUUUACCUGAGGUGCUGGCCAAAUUGAAGUGAAAGUACGGGGAACAAUGUCUAAACCAAUCAUAUGAAGAUUGUUUCCAAAGGCCUGAGUUAA